UACUCUUCAGGAGGUGAUUUAACCAGAAGCAUGAGCUCACAGGCGGAGGACCGCGUCUGCAUGUGGGGAGAAAACAGGUUUAACAUGCUAACCAGGUGGUUAACAUUCAUAACUCUUCUGGGAAGUGCCGAUUCCGUGACUGUAGCCCCCACCUGUAGGGUCAAAGGUGAACUUCUAGUACAGCUGUUGCUGCGCUGUGGAGAAGGAAAAUCUGCAGGGGAGGUCCAGUUCUGGCACACCCCCUUUGGAGACCUCCAGACUUCAGAUCCCUCCUCUGACAUGGCUCCGGUGUUUCUGGACCACGACGGGAGGCUGGUGAUCCCCAGCUGCAGCACCCACCACGCUGGCCUGUAUUACUGCAUCCAGCACCACCCACAUGGCUCCACGCUGUGGUCGUACGAGCUGCACGUAGGUCACCAGAACCAGAACCGCAGCCAGGAGGUCACCAGCAGGUUCAGGAGGAGCUUCAGGCUUGGGAAGGCGGUGGUGUCAGACGGGUUGUUUACAGGAGCCGUGACUGCAUCAGUGCUGCUCACAUUCACGGUGGGGUUCAGUGCUGGAGCUCUGGCGAGGACCCGUGUUGUCAGGUGUUUACUGGGCAUCUCUACAGGGCUGCGGUUACCAAGGAAACGCCACUGCCAAACCGACAUGCCAGACCACAGCGCUCAGGUCACCAUAGCAACCUUGCCACUCAUAUAUGACAACCAGGUCUUUGAGGCUGAAGCAAUGCAAAGAGACUCUAAAGCUUGUGAGACCCCAGAGAAGAGCGUUUCCAUGACAACCCCAUCUCCCCCCGCCAAGCCCAAGAGAAGCUUCCGGCACAAACGACACGAGGAACAAGAGGCUACGGCAUAUUUAGAGGGACGUGGCCACAGGCAGGAUGGAGAGGUGCAGGAGAAAGAAAUCACUGAAGAUGAAGAGACUGAAAGUGAAGUGGAUGAAGAUCGCUGUGAGCAGAAAGUUGGAGAGAGAAGUGAUGAGAGACGGGAGGCAGCAGGUGAGCAGGAGGGGAGGGAUGAGAGACGGGAGGCAGCAGGUGAGCAGGAGGGGAGGGAUGAGAGACCGGAGGCAGCAGGUGAGCAGGAGGGGAAGGAUGAGAGACGGGAGGCAGCAGGUGAGCACGAGGGGAAGGAUGAGAGACGGGAGGCAGCAGGUGAGCAGGAGGGGAGGGAUGAGAGACCGGAGGCAGCAGGUGAGCAGGAGGGGAAGGAUGAGAGACGGGAGGCAGCAGGUGAGCACGAGGGGAAGGAUGAGAGACGGGAGGCAGCAGGUGAGCACGAGGGGAAGGAUGAGAGACGGGAGGCAGCAGGUGAGCACGAGGGGAAGGAUGAGAGACGGGAGGCAGCAGGUGAGCACGAGGGGAAGGAUGAGAGACCGGAGGCAGCAGGUGAGCACGAGGGGAAGGAUGAGAGACCGGAGGCAGCAGGUGAGCACGAGGGGAGGGAUGAGAGACGGGAGGCAGCAGGUGAGCAGGAGGGGAGGGAUGAGAGACGGGAGGCAGCAGGUGAGCAGGAGGGGAAGGAUGAGAGACGGGAGGCAGCAGGUGAGCAGGAGGGGAAGGAUGAGAGACGGGAGGCAGCAGGUGAGCAGGAGGGGAAGGAUGAGAGACGGGAGGCAGCAGGUGAGCAGGAGGGGAAGGAUGAGAGACGGGAGGCAGCAGGUGAGCACGAGGGGAGGGAUGAGAGUGAGGAAGAUCAGAAAUCUACAGGAACAGAAGAGAAAAGCAGGAAAAACAAAGAAAAGACGUCUUCUUGUGUUCAUCAAAGCAACAGCCGCAUCAUCCGUCUCUAUCAGUACGAUGAAGACGGUCAAAGAUUCAGCCACCUUCCAGAACCCGACUGUGAACACCCAGAACCCGGCCACAGGCUCAGACUGCGAUCUAAAACACGCCUCAACGCCAUCAUGAUGGCUGCUUCCACCGGGCCGACGGAGGUGGGAGGGUCAAAGCAGGAGCAGGAGGGGCCGCAACACUUCCACAUGGAGAUAUGACCUCCUCCCGGGAGGAGCCGGGUCAGGACAGG